AUGCAGGACUUCAUCAGCAACCUCUUCCAGCUGCCCAAAUCCCCGAAGAUGAAAGACCCCAGGCUGCUUCCAUCUGCCCAAGCUAUUAAACUGGCCCCAGCCGCGAAGAACCAAUCUGCUGCUUGGCUCCGCCCCGGCACCCGCCUCCGCUGCGCUGGGCUCACGAUCUGCUACACCGCUGCCCGCCAGUCAGUCUUGCAGGCAGGCAGUCGGUUGGAGUCUCCUGGGGUCUUCAGCUCUCCGGCGCGGUGUCUUCCUUCCUUCUCCGUGACAGCUGCGGCAGCUGCACUGAAGGCGGCACAGUCCCUUCGAGAGGGACGGCAGGAGCUGAAAGGCGGUGCAGAGUUUGGAGCCCAGUGCGGCGACCCGGCAGGCAACAUGGCGGCGGCGGAGGCGGAGGCGGCGGCGGCGGCUGUGGGGGCGCGAGGCGGAGAUGGUCCACGGUGUCAGAGAUGGCAUUGGUUUCCCAGUUCUGUGUGCUCCUGUGUGGCUCCUGAACCCAGCUGGAGAAAUGUAUCAAUUUCAACUGGUGAAGUACUGAGAGAAAGCUACACAAAAGGCAGCAAGGUAUUAGUAAGUGUACCUCUGAUAUUUUAACCACCUCUGACUUUUCCAUGGAAUGGACUAGUAGUAGUCCCUGUCAGAGCUACAUUUGAAAGGAAAAAAAGAACUUGAAGUCAAAAGCUGUUGAUUAAUUCAUGGUGUUAUUUUGUGUUUACUCAACUCAUUUAUGUUGACUUGUAAGUUAGUAAUUUACGAACUAUUAAUUAAUUCAUUGCCUACAUAUCAGCAAACAAGUUUUCUUAAUAAAGAAUCUGGUGGCUGGACACAGUGGUUUCCACCUCAGCACGUUGGGAGGGCAAGGCAGGAGGAUUGCUUGAGGCCGGGAGUCUAAGAUUAGCCUGGGCAACAUAGCAAGAUCUCAUCUCUACAAAAAGUGAAUAUAUUGGCUGGGCAUGGUGGCUCACUUAUUCUUGUAGUUCAAGGUACUCAAGAGCCUGAGGUAGGAGGAUCACUUGAAUCCAGGAGUUUGAGGAUGUAGUGAGCCAUGAUCCUAACACUGCUCUCCAGUCUUGGGGACAGACCAAGACACCAUCUCUUAAAAAAGAAAUCUAGAGGAUUCAGUGGAAUGUGGAAGUGCAUGUGUGCAUAGGUGUGCUCAAGAAUAUGUUGAAGAUUACACUCAGAAUGAA